GCAAGUCAUUUAUACCACUAGUGAUUAUCUACAAUUGGUCUACCCGUAGUCCUCAUCUACUAAAAUCAUGUCUGAAGCACCUUCCAAAUGGGUCCCUCUGGAGGCUUCUCCGGAUGUCUUUAACGCCUGGUCUGAACCUCUUGGUCUUCCUCAAUCCCUCGCAUUCCAAGACCUAUUCUCACUUGACCCUUCUUUUUUGUCCUUCAUCCCAGCCCCUCAUCGAGCGGUGUUACUCCUCUUCCCUUCAAAAGGAAAACUACAAGAAGAGAGAAGUAAGGAAGAUCGAGACGAUGGCAAGCAAUUUAAGGGCGAAGGAAUUUGGUGGAUCAAACAAACUAUUCCUAAUGCCUGUGGUUCUAUCGGUCUCCUUCACUCUCUACUAAACUUACCUGAGCGAGGUCCAGACGCUUUGAACCCCGACUCAAAACUUGCUCAGUUCAAGGCAGAGUCUUUGCCUUUAACAGGUCUCGAAAGGGCAAAGCUUCUGGAUGAAACCACCUUUUUCACUGAGGCUCACACAAGUGCCGCUUCAACAGGGCAGUCUGUCGUUCCCACUGACCUUGAUGUUGACGAGCACUUCAUUGCUUUUGUUGAAGGUGUCGACGAGAAAGGGGAGAAACGUAUUGUAGAACUUGAUGGUGGCAGAAAUGGGCCGCUUGACAGGGGAGCAUCUAACAACUUUCUCGAGGACGUCGCCAAGGUAGUUCAAGAGAAGUAUUUCGAGAGAGCAGAGGGAGAUGUCAACUUCAACAUGAUUGUACUGGCGGGUAAAUCUGAUGACUGAAAGAGUUGAUUUUGUCCCGCGUAUAAUAAUACAAUAUAUGUAGCAAAAUUGACCACUGAAAUUGGAAUUUCGCAUAUGUACAACUAGGGUUCACCGAUAUAUCACAACGUUCACAAGCUAAAACGCAUUUACGAGAUAUAAACCUUCCUGAGCCUUCCAAAAGCGCAACUCUCCCUUGUUCUAGGGCAUGUAACGACAUCAAAAUUGUUCUUGGCCAUUUCGGCUAGUGCCUAAUAACUAAGUCAGCA